AUGAGCCGCCCACGCCCUCGGCUGAGAAACGGCGUCGACCUGCAGCUCCAGUCCGCCUUCCAGGACGGCAACUGGCCCGUCGCCAUACGCCUGGCCGAGAAGCGGUGGCGCACCUUCAACGACCAGUACUUUGAGAUUGUCAAGAUUUGCAGCGAGGCUCAGCUCGAUGACCCUGCCGCCAAGUUUGCCGCUGUGGCGGCCGUGAGAAAGUACGUCGAGGACGGGACUGUCGUCAAGGAUGCUGACGGCAUCGACCUGCUCGAGUGGGCCACUCUCUCGUUGCUCGACGACGACGACUUCCCCGAGACGCUGGGGCCUCUCCGAGUGCGCUGCGUAAAAGCCUCGCCCAAGGACAAGACGGCCGCCACGCGCUGCCUCGAGUCGUGUCUGCUGCAUUGGGAUCUCGUGAGCGCGCAGCAGAUUGCUGCCAUCAUUGACAGGUCCUUUCCUGCCGAGAGAUCGUUCUUGUUCUGGAACAUUGUCAUCACACACCUGCUGGCGAAAAGCCCACAGUCGCCGCCGGAGAAGAAGAAGCUGUACGGCAUGCUCGCGCAGAAGCAGAUUGAGCGUGCUGCGCAGCUCACCGAACAGGCGAGAAACACCAACGCCGAGGACGCGCCGCCGACGCCACCCGCGCGCAGCGUCAAGACAGAAGAAGAGAUUCUUCUACUGUACGACGUGGUGGAGACGCACGGCAGUGUUGACGACUUCGCCAAGCUGCUUACCAGCCCUGUCUUCAGCCCCGUGUCCCAGUUCCGGCUCGGUCGUAAAGAGCUGUUCCUCCGGGUGGUGGCCCAAUUGCGACGACAGGGCGACUGGCAGCGCGUGUUUGACUUUUGCCACGAGUGCUUGUCGGAUGCGGACGAGAACGAUGAGCCGACGCUGCUGGCCUCAGACUGGAGUGUGUGGAAGCACUUCAUCGAUGCGGCAUCGCAGCUCAAAAGCGUCAACCCCACCACGUCAGAAACAGUUCGAGACCUUCUUCUCAUCCUCAUCAAAUCCAAGAACCUGCGCCCCAUGUACAAGCGAAACCUGCUCCUGGCACGGGUUUCGGCCGCCUUCAGCCUUGGUCCCAACGACGAAGAUGACUUGACGGACGGCCGGCCGUCGUCACUUCGGCUGCGUGAGCUAAUUACCUACAUUGACCACCAAAAAGGAAGCCUAGCAUGCUUUGACGACGUCAAGGGCUUUGUCGAGAGACUUGACCCAUUGGCAGUUAAGCAUCUUGCCUAUGACCGUGUUCCUGAACUGGCUUCAGGCACUGCGGACGCUCUGACGAUCGCAAGAAUUCAGCUUCUCUCGCUGAAGCUACAGUAUUUUGCGUUGACAUGCCUUUCUAGUGUGUCAAGGCUACCUGGAGAGAAACCCUGCUCAAAAUGCAUAGUCUGCGACGCCGAAUUCAGUACGGCGCUCUGCGCUUCAUGCCUGUCGGAUGUCGCUCAACAUGCCAUCCAACAAUACCGCUCGUACACUAGGGAGCUGGCCGGCAACGUGUCCGCAGAGAACGAAGUUAUCCCAGAGCUUGCCAUGACUGCCGCGUUUUGCAACAUGAGGCUAGCGUUCAACUCUCAGCUUCCUGAAUACAAGCCGUCAAACGCGCUGCCUUCUAUGCGAUAUCUUCUACGAGCCCUCUUUGUUUUGGAGCACCAAUUCCAUCUCACGCCAAAGCACAGCCAAACGGCUCUGCUCCUCGUCCAGCUGCAUCUGCGCCUCGGGUCUGCUCACAGGGCUAGGGAAAUUUGGGACGAGCUCGCUGUCAAGCGCACAACCUCGGACGCCCUCGCGCCCAUAUUUUACGAUCGCCUGUCAACCAUCUCGCCGCUUGUCAUCUCGCCAUCAGAUAACUGGGGCUGGCAGCUGGUCGAGACACUGAAGCAACACUACUCGGUGUCGCUGAAGCUUAGAAUGCCCAGGCGUCUCAUCGAUGCUUUCGAGGCUGGGAGCUAUGGGAGCAUCCUGGGCAUGCCGCAGUAUAUCGAGGACCUACGGAGGAGCUGCACGAGGGUGAUGAGCCUCGUUGAGGAGGCCAGGGCAGAAAGGCUGUUUGGUCAGCCUUUUGGCGAGAUCCUUAGUGACCGAAGAUUCCUCGAUGUGUUCGAUGGCCUCCGGCUUAACGAGCUGGUCGACUAUGGAUCGUUCGCUUCGUGGGAUGCUAGCAUUUGUACGCCUAUGCACAUACGAUUGCCUCUAGGGCCUGGACCUUCGAAUGAACGAUCACACCUGUCGCUGUUGUCGGAGGCAUUUCACGAUAUACUCGACCACAAGCCACCCACAGUGUAUAAAGCGUCCGCCACCGCCACUGAAGCAGACAACACUUUUGUUCUCGAGAUGAUGGCGCGGCUCAGCAACUCCAUGCCUCAGUUCCUCCGCGGCGCCGCCUCCAAGACUACGAUGGCGGAGAUGUUGUAUUUUGAGGUCGUCAGCCUCCUCUGCACGUUGACUCCGCUUUGCACCAGCAUUGCUCGAACAAGCACUCCGCCCGACGAACUCAACCAACUAGUAAACUCGGUGCUGUCUGCCUUGGAGACACUCCGCUCAAUAGCGCCGCAGGAGGAAGUACAAAGCGUGGAGGGCGCAAUGUUGGCAUUGAGUUCGCUUCACAACAUCGCGAUGCUGCGAGACACUGCAGUCGCAGUGAAGCUGACUACGCAGUGGAUCCAGGCCUUCAACGAGCGCGAAAAGGAGCGCGACAGGUCCGGCAGCAGCAACCUGCACAAGGAGGUGAUGGCGCUCGUCAAGUCCAUGGAGUCGGCCGCGCAGGCCGCGUUGAAGGGUGGCUGCGAGCUUGUCAGUAGCUGGAAAGACGGUGCGGUGGAUGGUAUGGGCUUUGUACCCACAUUGAAGCGAUGGGUGUUUGACGGUGACGAGACCGGCCUCGCCGACAUAGUCGAGGACGGGACGGUGCUGGAACUGGCGAGGAGUUUGAGGAGCAACAUUGCAGGGUGGCAACAGGUUAAAUGGGAAUAG